AUGCUACCGUUUUGGCUGGUUUUGGCUCUAGCUUUAUCUACGUCAGAAGCUGGUAGGUUAUAAGACUAUAAUUUCAGCAAAUCCAAAAUAUUCCAGCCAACUUAUGCCCGAAUGGUUGGACCUUCUCAACAUCGAACUCCUAUUGCUAUUAUAUCUCAAAUAAUUCAAUGACUUGGGAUCAAGCCGGCCCAUUUUGUAGUUCAAUUGGAGGAUCAAUGGUGUAUGUGUCGACAUACACGGAAAGUGUAUUUUUGAAAAAUCUGAGCUCUUAUAAUCUCCUUCAACCAUGGAUUGCGGCUCGUAGAAACACCACAAAUGGCAAUUUUUAUGAUUCAAAGGGUUAUACUAUACCAAAAUCUUAUUGGGCUACAAGUAAGCUAUUAGCUGGGGAGAAAUAUUGAAGUUUCAAAGUCUUUUAGAUGAACCUGGUGUGAAUGGAGAUUGUGCAAGUUAUCGUGGACUUGGUGCAUCUACAGGAAGGCAAGUUACACAGUGUUUCAGUUUACAACCUGCACUUUGCAAACAGCAACCAGCAUUGUGUCCAAAUCAAACACAAUAUGGGGGAGCUUAUACAAGAUCGGGAAAUAUUACAUCACCCGGAUAUCCUGUUCAAUAUUAUAAUAACUUGGAUUGUAUCUACACUAUUAAUUGUAAGAUUACUAACGCCCGCUUGCCACGUCAUAACUCAGUUCUUUCAGCUCCAAAUGGCACGUAUAUCACGCUUCAAUUCAAUCCAUUCAUCGUGGAAGAUGAUUAUGAUUGGGUUUUUGUUUACGAUGGUCCGAACACAACUUCAAAAUACUUGGGAGAACCUUACUAUUAUGGACGGAACUCGUACGAAAGUUCGAGUAAUGUGAUAACUUUCAAGUUCCAUACAGAUUCAUCAGGAACUGAUAGAGGAUGGUUAGCUUCAUGGGCGGCAAAGUGAGUAGGGAUCCUAGAAGGCCCCCCGCAUAGUUUUUUGUCUUACAGACCCGCAACACCAGCAAUUCGUGUAACUGGAACUAACGGAACUCUUCAAUCUGGCAACUAUCCAGAAAAUUACGACGCUUAUUCUGAGCAAUUGUAUUAUAUUUCAGUUGCUUAUGGUUUCCAAAUCAAUUUGACUAUCACUGAUUUCAACACUGAAACAAAUUAUGAUGUUUUGCAAGUGUAUAACGCAUCAUAUAUCUCAACCUCUACUCUAGUUGCCAAGUGAGUUACCCUAACUUUUCAUAAUAUCUUAUGAUUUUUUUCUAGCUUGUCUGGAAGCUCUGUUGCUCCCUGGAACAUUCUAUCACCCUCCAAUUAUUUGACACUGAAAUUCACUUCUGAUGGAUAUUUACAAAAGAAAGGAUGGUUUGCGAAUUGGUUUAUUCAAUAA